AUGCGACGGGCAUUGCAUAAUCGCGUCAUGGAGCUUCAAGGUAACAUUCGUGUUCUGUGCCGCUGUCGGCCGUCUAGGGGCGAUCUGGACGCCUCAAUCACUGCGGCCAAGUUCCCAGAAGAUGGAGUGAUUCGCAUCACGCGGCCCGACCACGAAGGCGACGACUACGAUUUUGAGUUCGACGGGGUGUUCUCACCAAGUGCCUCCCAGGCCACCGUCUUCGAGUCUGUCACAUCUGCUCUUGACGGCUACAGCGUGUGCAUUUUUGCCUACGGACAAACGGGAUCCGGGAAAACGCACACGAUGGAGGGUUCACCUGACGAUCGGGGCGUCAACUUCAGAGCAAUUGAGGCGAUUUUAAACGCAGCGAAGACACAUAGCAAUGGGCUCGUCUAUGAUCUUGAGCUCUCUAUGCUUGAGAUCUACAACGAGGCCAUCCGAGAUCUUCUCCGAAAACCCGGUAGCGAAUCACCCAGACUCGAUAUAACAACUGCAACUGGUGUGUCCAUAGUCAAAGGCCUCGACAUCAAGAGAGUGUCGACCAUGGAAGAGAUUGAAGUCUGGAUCGCGCGUGGUGCCUCCCACCGGGCCGCCGGUGCGCACGCCCUGAACAAGGAUUCAUCUAGAAGCCACUCAAUAGUCACUCUCUAUAUCAAGGGGACGAUGCCAUCCGGUGACAUCCUGCGCUCCAAGCUUAACCUUGUUGACCUUGCCGGGAGUGAACGGCUUGACAAAACUGGCGCUACAGGUGACCGUCUCACAGAGGCGAAGGCCAUCAAUAAGUCCCUCUCUGCUUUGGGCGACGUGAUCGCAGCGUUAAGCAGCGAAAAAAAGGUUCAUGUUCCCUUUCGCAACUCCAAGCUGACUUACCUCCUGCAAGAUUCACUUGCAGGGGAUUCAAAGGCGCUCAUGAUCGUCACAGCUUCACCAGAGAUAGCAAAUGCAAAUGAGACGAUCUGCUCCCUGAAAUUUGCUUCGAGGUGCCACGAUUGUGCACUUGGUGUUGCGAGGAAGAAUGUUGGGCGCAAGCCCCUUCUCUCCAAAUUCAGGCCUUAG